AUGGACACACCCAAGCCUACCACUAUCGAAUGCUCCUCUGAGUGGAACGAUCUCGGUCGACUCAAGGUUAGACCAGUUGAGUCUGUGACAGCGGGUCUGUGGAUCCCGGAGGACUGGGCGUAUCCUGGCGUCGCCUCGCCCCUACCCAAGGUCGUGAUUUUGCUGCGGUUCCGAGUGCAUGGAAUUAGAAAUGCCGCCGAUUGGCUCGAACAAAUGUGUCACACAGGAGAGGCUUUGGUCUGGCUCUCGGUCGUUGAGGCGAAGACCACGUUGGGCGAAUGGAGGCAAUCGAUAUGUGGGGAUUGCGAGGAAUGGAAUGAUUUCAAGAUGGAGGAAGGUCUUGUUAUGACUAUAGUGCGUUCAAAGCCGCCCCACGUCGUUGAUGUCGACCCACGGCUGCGAAUUGCGGUAGGGGUAGGGGAAGACCAGGAGUCAACGGCCAUGAGAGCUGAGUGUGGUCUGGGGCUGGAGGAUCUAUUAGAGCGAUUGAAGAGAGAAGAGGUUCCUACUGUGGCUUUGUCGAUGGUUUUGAGGCCGCCGAACCCCACAGUGGGUGAUGGUCGACCUUUUAUUCUUGUGGGCCUCGGCGAGGAGCAACUUCCGCGAGUGUUCAUCAGUGUCGACAUGAGGAUAAUCCGACCGAGCGAUGAAGAGGUCGGCUCUGAUGAGCUCACAAGGUUUGCGGACUCAAUGAAGCAUAUCAGCUGGGUAGUUGGUCGUGGCAAGGCUAUUGUGCUGAGGGAAGAGACUGUGUCUUUGAGCGAACGCAAGAGGAGAGAGGAGGUCGACAUGGAGAUAGACGCUGAGGGGCUGCGCAAAAUUUGGGAGAAAUACUGCAAAGUCACGAAGAACGAGAAGGAGAGUCGACGGCGUAGUGCUGAUGAUUUCCUCAGUGGUGCGGGCAUUUAUAUAUUCCAGGGUCGAGACGGAGAGGGGUACUCUCAUCACGCAACAGCCGCGGCACCAGUUCCGUCUGAGGUCGGCUCGGCGAUUGACGAUACCCUCAUGAAGGAGUCACACAUGGUAGAGCAGAGAAGACAUGAGAGAUCUAGCCUCAGGGCUGGGCACUCCGGGAGUGUAGAACUGACCAUUCUCGCUCGAAGUGUCGAAGAGGCGUUCACGAAGCUUGGCUUCCCACCUGGCGGGCCAGCGUUAUCGAGAGCUCGCUUUGUGGCUAUCCUUGAGAAGCUGUGCGCCGAUACCAACAGCGCCAGAGUUGUUCGUUACGAUCUGUUCAAGGCGGAGGUCCGUCCCCUGCUGCCGUUCUCGGAGGCUGAGAUAGUAAAGUACCGGGAGGCUUUCGAGGACUGUGAUCAUGAGCACACUGGUCGUGUUAACCUCACUGAGCUUAGGCUUUUACUGAAAGAUAUCAUAGCGUCAUUCGCCGAUGUCACUGAGAAUGAGCAUGAGUGCACAGAAGGAGCGGACCGGGAUGACUUCUCGAGAGAGGUCUUUGGUGAUGGGCUAGAGUCGGCUAUUGGAGAUAAUGAUGGAGAUGCUGAUUUCGCGUCUUUCCUUAUCUUGGCGAGGCGUAUGAAAAUGGGUUAUAAUCCUGUUACAUUAUCCUGUGUUGGCACUCUAUUGAACUUGGCCCUGGUGUAG